AUGCCAGAAACUAUGGAGGCAAUUGUGAUUCCGAGAUUCGGUGGACCCGAGGUUCUUGAGAUCCAAACAGUUCCCAAGCCAGAACCUGUUGCUGGCGAAGUGCUGAUCAAAGUCCAUGCUUUUGGUGUAAACCAUGCGGAGAUGCACAUGCGGAAGGGCGAAUGGGAUGAGUGGAACCCCAUCACUGGCUUAGAGUGCGUCGGGACUGUCGAAGCUUGUCCAGGCGGCGAGAUAGAUGUCGGCACCCAAGUGAUUGGUGUUAUGGGGGGCAUGGGCAGGAACCGCCCUGGAGGAUACGGAUCAUUUGUUAAUACCCCAAUCUCGAAUGUGGUACCAAUCAAAACAAACCUUCCUUGGGAGCAGUUGGCCGCUAUUCCGGAGGUCUAUUCGACGGCAUACUCUUGCUUGUUCACGGUUCUCGACCUCAAGGCGGGUGAAACCAUCCUCAUCCGCGGAUCUACCUCGACAGUCGGCCAAGCAGCGCUCAACUUGGCUGUUGAUGCCGGAGCUCGGGUCACAGCUACGACACGGCGAACAGAAAGAUUUGAUGAGAUAAAGGCGAGGGGGGCUGUGGACGCCAAGCUAGAGCACAAGGACCUCCAGUCAGAGUUUCCUAGCGGAUUCAAGUUUGAUAAAGUCUUAAACUUGAUCGGCAACAGUGUAUUAGUUGAGUCUAUCAGCCUGGCUCGGCCCGGUGGACGUAUGCUACAGGCUGGGUGGCUGGGCGGACUGGCACCCGUGGUUGAUUUCAAUCCCAUGGUUGAGAUGGAAUCUGGAGUGCACUUCAGCUUAUUCCAUAGCAAAGUGUUGGGCACACCUGAAUUCCCCAUGUCCAAAGUUCCUAUUCAGGACAUAGUCAGCAAGAUUGAGAGAGGAGCAUGGGACGCUAAGCCAGCGUUUGUUUUUGAGUAUAACGAGAUUCACAAAGCGCAUGAGAUGCUGGAUUCGCAUAAUGCGGGAGGAAAAAUCGUUGUCAGGCAUUAUUAG